GGGAGGGGGAUGGAAAGUUUCCCGGGGCCGCCGGGGCCGGGACGGCCGCACGCUUCCUGCUCCGCACCGGGGGCGGCGGAGCCUCGCCACCGGCCCGGGGCUCCCUGAGCCGGGCCAUGCUGCCCACCGCGCACUGCUCGCCGGGGGCUUCUCCGGCCACGUCCCCCCGCAAUUCUCCCGUCCUCUUCAGGAAGCUCCUGAUGAGCCAGAGCAUCCGCCUGCAGCGGCGCUUCACCGUGGCGCAUCCCCUCUGCUUUGACCUGGAGAAUGGCCCCCCCGGCCGGGGCAGCCUGGACCCCCAGGCCAGCCCGGGCGCGGGGCUGGUCCUGCAGGGCACCUUCUCGCACGGCCAGCGCCGCGAGUCCUUCCUGUACCGCUCCGACAGCGACUACGACCUGUCCCCAAAAGCCAUGUCCCGCAACUCCUCCAUCGCCAGCGACCUGCAUGGAGAAGACAUGAUCGUCACCCCCUUUGCCCAGGUCCUGGCCAGCCUCCGCACCGUCCGCAGCAACCUCAGCCACCUCCAGGAGCGCGCUGGCAUCAAGCGGGGAUCGAGCAGCAGCCUGCCCUCGGCGAGCAAGGCCGGCCUCUCCGAAGAUGCCCACCAGAAGCUCUCGAGGGAGACCCUGGAGGAGCUGGAUUGGUGCUUGGAGCAGCUGGAGACGCUGCAGACCAGGCACUCGGUCAGCGAGAUGGCCUCCAACAAGUUCAAGCGGAUGCUGAACCGGGAGCUGACGCACCUCUCGGAGACCAGCCGCUCCGGGAACCAGGUGUCCGAGUACAUCUCCAGCACCUUCCUGGACAAGCAGCACGAGGUGGAGAUCCCCUCGGCCCUGGCGAAGGACAAGGAGAAGGAGCGGAGGAAGCGCCCCAUGUCGCAGAUCAGCGGCGUCAGGAAGCUCAAGCACGGCUCCAGCCUGGCCGCCGCCGGCAUCCCCCGCUUCGGGGUGCGCACGGACCACGAGGCGCUGCUGGCCAAGGAGCUGGAGGACACCAACAAGUGGGGUCUGGACGUCUUCAAAGUCGCCGAGUACUCGGGGAACCGCCCGCUGACCGUCAUCAUGUACAGCAUCUUCCAGGAGCGUGACCUGAUGAAGACCUUCCGCAUCCCCGUCAACACCUUCAUCACCUACAUGCUGACGCUGGAGGACCACUACCACGCCGACGUGGCCUACCACAACAGCCUGCACGCCGCCGACGUGGCGCAGUCCACGCACGUCCUGCUCUCCACGCCCGCGCUGGAGGCCGUCUUCACGGACCUGGAGAUCAUGGCUGCCAUCUUUGCCAGCGCCAUCCAUGAUGUCGACCACCCCGGGGUCUCCAACCAGUUCCUCAUCAACACCAACUCGGAACUGGCCCUGAUGUACAACGACGCCUCGGUGCUGGAGAACCACCACCUGGCCGUGGGCUUUAAGCUCCUCCAGGAGGAGAACUGCGACAUCUUCCAGAACCUGAGCAGGAAGCAGAGGCAGACGCUCCGGAAAAUGGUCAUCGACAUGGUGUUGGCCACGGACAUGUCCAAGCACAUGAACCUGCUGGCGGAUCUGAAGACCAUGGUGGAGACCAAGAAGGUGACCAGCCUGGGGGUGCUGCUGCUGGACAACUACUCUGACCGGAUCCAGGUCCUGCAGAACAUGGUGCACUGCGCCGACCUCAGCAACCCCACCAAGCCCCUGGAGCUGUACCGGCAGUGGACCGACCGCAUCAUGGUGGAGUUCUUCCACCAAGGAGACCGGGAGCGGGAGAAGGGCAUGGAGAUCAGCCCCAUGUGUGACAAGCACACCGCCUCCGUGGAGAAGUCCCAGGUGGGAUUCAUCGACUUCAUCGCCCACCCGCUGUGGGAGACGUGGGCCGACCUGGUGCACCCCGACGCCCAGGAGCUGCUGGACACGCUGGAGGACAACCGGGAGUGGUACCAGAGCAUGAUCCCACGCAGCCCCUCGCCUCCACCCGAGCCGCCCGCGCCGUCCCCCGCCAGCACCGACAAGUUCCAGGUCGAGCUGACGCUGGAGGAGGAGGAGGAGGACGAGGAGGGUGAGUCGGACACGGAGCUGGAGGGCGCCGAGAGCCCCUUGGAUGAGGACAACAGCGGCUCCAAGACACCGGGCACGGAUGACUCGGAGCCUGCCCACGCCAAGCGCCUGUCCCCCGGCCCCAGCGACCGGGACUCGCCUGUCCCCCGCCCCAGGGACGUGGACAACCGGCAGGCGCUGCAGGGGACGCUGCCCAAGGACGGUGGCAGCGGGUGCUCAGUGCCAGGGCCCGCGGGCAGCCAGGGGCUGUGCCUGGACACAGAGGGCAACGUCACAUUCCUGUCCCUGGGCACGUAGCGCCACCGGCCCGGGGGUCCCCUGGCUGCCGGGGGGACGUGGGACUGGGCACGGCCCUGGGGACAGCAGGGAGCUGGCACUGGGCAGCACUGGCACUGCAGGAGCUCGGAGGCACCUGGGACGCGUCCCCAUUCAGGACCUGCACAGGUCCUGGCAGGUAGGAGGACGCUGCUGGUCUCCCCGGGCAAGGGCCCUGUCCCCUUCAGCCGGGGCGUGGGGACACCCCAGCCCUGGGGACAUCACGGCCCAGGGGCUGCAGCAAGGAGCAUUCCAGCGCCUUUCCGGGUGUCCCCUUGCAGGAGGGCAGCCCCGUGGUGGGACGAGGUGGGCAGAGGGUGCUGGCGACACCCCCAGCACCAGGCACCGGCGCACGGCACGGGCACGGCUCAGAGCUUUAUUUAUUUGGGGAUGGGUUCACUUUUUAAAGCCUUUUGUAGCUCACUUUUUACUACGGGCCUCCCCGAGGCACGCACGCAUUUUUUGGGGGGCGGAAAGAUGCAAUUUUUUCGGGGAGGAAACUUGCAUUUCUGCUCUGCGAUCGCUCCAAAUGCCAUUUGCAUUUCACAUUUGGGACCUUGGCGGGCGCUGUCACCAACCCCCUCACCUCCAUCUCCGCUGUCCUGCCUGGGGCAGGGUCCUUUGGGAUUCUUCUUCACCUCCCAGAGAUUAAACCCGGUUUGUUCCACCCUAAA